UAUAAGUUAUUUAUAGUGCGCUAUUAUGAGGAAAAGAAUGUGUAGUGGAAACGUUAUUAGAUCGCUCGUGGUGUAGUUUUAUGCUACUAAUUGUUACACACGACGAGUCACAUUUGGUUUGGCUUUAAGUAGCUACGUGGAACCAAGCAUUUUUUUAUUAGUUAAUAAGAGGUCAAGAGAAAAAAAAAUGUUUUACGUACUCCGGUUAGUUACCAGUAUCCUACAUUUUCUUGACUCUGGGUUUUUUGUUUUCUCUCCCAUCGUUUACACUUAAACUUUUCAGUUCUGAAAAUAAGAUAUUUGAUCAGGUAUUGCAUAGAGCUGAAAUAUCACUAAUAGGUAGUAUGUCGUCUGCAAGUCCGCUUAUUGUUGUACCAUUUUGUGGAUUCCUUUUGGAUAAGUUAGGCAGAAAAAAGUGUUUAAUACUUUUCUAUUUGCCCCAAUUGUUCAGUUGGCUCCUACUCAUAAGCGUGCAUAACGUGGCAGCGUUGAUAUUUUCAAUGUUUCUUUGUGGUCUGAGUGGUGCUAUUUUUCUCAUCGUUCCGGUCUACGUAACUGAAUAUUGCCAAGAAUCUAUAAGAGGGUCUAUGGUGGCUUCCUCUUUGAUAUUUUAUGCUAUAGGAAUGACGAUGUCAUAUAUCUGUGGGGAAGUCCUAGAUUAUGUAACUAUUAACUACCUUGGACUUACAACGAGCGCCAUAGCUUUGUUACUUAUGACGUUCAUGAGGGAGUCACCCCUAUAUUUAAUGAAGAAAGGUCUGGAGGAGGAGGCGGCCAGUGCAAUUGGACUUUAUAGAAGUUGUAAUCCGAAAUCUAAAGAGGUAUUAGAGGAAAUGGAAAACCUUAGGAGAAUUAUAAACAUCGAUAUUGAUACAAUUGAAGCAAUGCCGGAAGAAAUGAAAUUGAAAACAUUGGAUGGGCCAACUGAGAAAAUUGACAAAUGGAGAUAUUUGGCUAAAUCACGAUCUUCUCGUCGGGCACUGGUUAUCGUAAUGAUUACUUGUACAACAUGUUGCUUUCAAGGGUUAUUGGUAUUUCGUAUGUACACCAAGCAAUUAUUUGAAAUACUACUCCCAAAUGUAUCGAUAACACUAGCCAGCGUUUUGUUUGGAAUUGUAUCUGUGAUAGCCGGAGGUUUUGGAGCAUAUUUCGUUGACACCAUAGGCCGAACACUUUUACUCAUCCUAGCCUCCAUAGACACAAGUGUCUGUUGUGUGAUUCUUGGUACCCAGUUGCAGUAUAAUUGGGGGCCCAUCUGGUUGAAUUUAGUGCUGAUACUUCUUUAUACUUUUGGUUAUUUUGUCGGAGCUGGGACGGUACCUUUUGUAUUGAUCGGUGAGGUUUUCUUGCCGGAGAUUAAGAGCAUCGCAUCAAUGAUUUGUAUAGAGUGGAGUUUUCUAUGCAGCUUCCUCGUACUUUACAUCUUUAUUCCUCUAGUUAAUUUUUUAGGUCUUGGAGCAAUGUUCUAUAUCUUCGCCAGUUUCGGUAUCAUUACCGCACUAUUUAGUUACUUAUUUAUACCGACAACAAAGGGGCUACAAGUGGAUGAAAUUCAAAGAAAAUUUUUGAGAAAAAAAUAAUAAUUUUCCAGUAAAAAAAAAAUAUAUUUAAAAUAAUCUUACAAAUAAAAUUAAAGUUACACUCGAACUGAGUUUAAGCAAUUUUCUUGAAAAAGCGUUCUUCGUGAUUAAAAUCGAAUUCGUAACGUAUAUCAAAAAUACUGCAAAGUAUUGCGAUCAAAGAUCAAACCUUACAAUAUUUUAACUGAUGAAGAACUAUUAGCAUAACGUCUCGUGACCAUAAAAUGUCAGUUAACAAAUUUUCAUGAAAUAUAAUUCAUUUGGAAGUACAUAUUACAUUUUUGUGGCAAGUAGCAAACCAAAGCUAUCGUUAUACGGAAGAUAAAAAAUCAGAUAAGCAAGAUUAGGAGUAACAAUUUAUUUAAAAUGUUUUUACUUACAUUUUAGUCUUCAAAUAAAAUAAGUUCAGUCAGUGCUUAAAAUAACAGAACAUUUCUGUAUAGUGUAAAAAUUGUAUAUUAAUCGAUUUCCACGAUUAAAUUAUUAAGGCAAUUUUGAGCUAAAAAAUUUGCUAAAAGAUACAAUAAAACAUUCUUCAAACGAGUCCCAGUACAUACCACGGAUAAGAGCAAUUUGAGUUAUUUUCGUCUUGAUGUUUUUUUAACCACAUCAUCUGUUGUAAUUUCAUCUAUUUUUAUUUGAAACUAUCUUAUGGAAUCUGAUAACAAUCAGUUAAAACAGGAUUUUAAUGAUACCUUAGAUACAAACAAACAAAUCAACUGCGGUCAAUGCAAAAUCUACUUGUAAAUGUUUUAAGAAAAAUCUGAAAAUAUUAUAUCUUACCAAUAAUCAUUUAUAAAUAUUAAAUUUGUAUAUGGGUAAACAUGUUUCUUCAUAUAAAUUGAAACUUAAAAAGUUACUUUUAAAUGUAACCACUUUAAAUGUUAAUAAAAUUGUUGAAACUAUAAUAUUAUAAUACUUUUGAUUUAUAUUAAUGUCACACAUAGAUCUGUAUGUGUAAAUAGUACGAUUUAAAAUAAAGCGGGACAAUUCAGAGGCUUUACAAGUUGCGAAUUAACUUGACUUACUAUGUUAAGAUAUUCUGAUUUAGUUGUGUAUCUCAAUAAGGAAAUACAAUUAAUAUGGAAUCGAAAUAAGAUUUUAACAUUUAAAGGUUUCCAGAAAAUAAGGGAAAAUUUGAUUUUUAAUUAAUACUUUCUAAGCACAUCAACAUCCUUCAAAUUGAAAUAAAACUAGUAGACAAAACAACAGUACUCCAUCCAUAUAGCAACUAACUAAGACCCCUCUACAUCACAAAACCCAACCCGGCUAGUCAACAUGGGUGUGAAGAUCGGAAACGGCUCUUCUUUUGAGUACAACUCUCCCCAAAGCAAACAACAUGUACACCAAUAAAAAUAAAAACUUACUAUACCUUGGAACCUACAAUAUAAGAAUGCUAUAAGCCCUGCAAAAUGAAUGGAACCUUUAAGCCCAAUCAACAAUAUCAAAUAUGAUAUAAUUGCAUAUCGGAAGUGAGAAGAUUUGGAUAAAGUAUCGACAAAUAUGAUGCUUUUAUAUUAUGCUACAACGGAUAAAUAAAAGUUAAAGACAGAGUCAGAUUUCUAAUAAGAAAAGAUCUCAAAAAAUUCAUGAAAAGCUUCAGAGGAUUAUCGGCCCUAGUAACUGAGUAUCACUCGUAAAUCUGCUCAUCACUAUUAUACAAGUUCAUGCACCAAACUAAGAUUCCGCAGGCGUAGAAAAAUUCUACUGCACUGUAUACAGAGCUCUUGAACAUCAGAUAAACAUAUUUUAGUUAUAGGUGAAUUCAAUGGGAGAAUAGGGAAGAAAAACUCUGAAGAAAGUAAAUGCCUGGGUAAGUUUGUGGUUGGCCAAAGAAGCCCAAGAAGGACAAAAAUUGACCAAGAGUAUAACUUAUCCAUUAUGAACACUUUUUUCAAGAAAUAAUUUAGUCAAAAAUAAACUUGGAAGUCUCCUGAUCAGAAAACUUGAACGAAAUAGAUAAAUACUAACAAAUUUUCCAGAGCAAUUCCAAGAUAAUGAGAUCUAAGACUUUCUCCAGUAUUCAUUUAAAUAAAAGUAGUAUUUUUCGCAUUA